AUGUCAUCCGAACACCCCAUGAAAGCGCAUAGCAGCGCCGGCUGCAUCAUCGCCGUUCCCAGCCCCGACGGCUACCUGAAGACUCUCACGUCGAACCAAACCCUAUGCCAGCAAUAUUCCGCCGUGGGCAAAGACUUCUGCCGCAUGAGCACGCAGCUGCGCGCCUACUGGAACACGACGAGCUCGUCGUGCCCCCCGCAGAUGAUCCAAUGCCACCAGCUGCUGCACCAGGACGCGACGUCCUCCUCCUCCGAGACCCCGGUCGUCAGCCACGCCUCCAUGUUCUCGUCCAACGACCCAAUAGGUGGUUCGCCCGCGGGAAUCGACGGCGAACUCACAACCGCGGUACUGGCCGUGGUGGCGGGCCUCGCGGUAUUGAUGAGCGUCGUGCUGUACGUGUACAUCUGCCGCCGCCGCUGCCGCAGCUGCCGCAAGGAGGAUGAGGAGCUUUAUGAUAUGGCGAGACUGUUUGUCUAG